CACUGAUGAUCAGUGUGCCCUGAUGAUCUGUGUAGCCCCAGCAGCGCCACUUGACAGUGUCCAUCAGUGCCAGCUCUCAGUGCUCAUCCAUGCCACCUGCCAGUGCCCAUCAGUGCCACAUAUCAGUGCCCAUCUGAGCUGCCUUUCAGUGUCACCCAUCAGUGCCAUGCCUUUCAGUGCCACCUAUCAGUGCCGCCUAUCAGUGCCCUAUAUCAGUGCUGCCUUUCAGUGCCCAUCAAUGAUGCCUGUCAAUGCCCAUCAGUGCCACCUACCAGUGUCUCCUCAUCAGUACCCAUCAGUGCCACCUAUCAGUGUCCAUCAGUGCAGCCUAUUAGUGCCCGUCAGUGCAGCCUCAUUAGCGGACAUCAGUGAAGGAGAAAAAUCACUUAUUUACAAACUUUUAUAA